ACUCUCCUUACGUUUAGGAGAACGGUAGGCUGGAAGUACGCAUGUACUACGCGACACCUUUGGGAAACAGGGAGCAUUGUCUGGUUUCGGAACCAGUUGCCCGAGUAAGUUAUUGUAACAUUCUGCAUCGGACUAAAUUGUUUUGCCGGGGCUGGAGCUUUUUUUUUAAUAUAAGCUAUAAGCGUGACGUCUGUGAAACAAACGAAGAGGAUAGGCUAGAAGUUUGCGGGUUGAAUUCGCCCACAUCACCUUCAUCUUCAAGGAAAUGUAGACUUAUCCUAAACCAGGAUGUUUUGGGGAUAGUUAUAUGGAGUCUGAGUUAGAACUGGGAGCACUUUUCGAAGGGAUAAAGGCGGUAAACAUAGUUGAAAAACUUUCCCUUGCUCCCCUUGGAAGAACAAAGUGGUGAUUGAGUUGGAUUGUUGUAAAGCAAUCUUUACGCACGGUCUGCGCCGACAGAUUUGUAAAGCCCAAGAUGCGCCUUUUGAGCACGUCGGGUGGAAGUAACCGCGGAGAGAUCCGAGGGAGAACAUACAACUCCGGAUUGAUGCAUCUGCUCUUCCUACUCGCGGUCGUACUGUCCUGUCACGGCUGUCCGGACAAAUGUUUGUGCUUCUCACAAACUGUGAAAUGCCAAAACCAGGACUUGGACGCAAUUCCGCGCUCUUUACCGACCAAUACCAAAGUCCUGUUCGUCACAGGAAACAACAUUUCCCGCAUUAGUGUGGACUCCUUCCCAACCCGCCUGGAACUGUUAACAGAUCUCCAUCUCAGUGGGAAUGAGAUGGAGUCUGUGGAUGCAAAGGCAUUUGACAACUUGCCAAACCUUGUGCGGCUGGACCUGAGCAACAACAAAAUUCAGUAUUUAAGUGAAAGAGCUUUCCUUGAUAAUAAUACACUGCAGGUCUUGAACCUGAGUAGGUGUUUUCACAAUCAUUCCUCCACGGAUGUGGACAUAAGCGUCCUACAGAGUGGAAACCUCCACCAGCUGACAGCCUUGGACCUGUCCAACAAUGACCUUGUGAUUCUUCCAGACGACACAUUCACCAGCCUCCCCAACCUGGCCAACCUCAGCCUGCAGAACAGCUCCAUCAUCUCCAUUCAGAACGGGACGCUGAAUGUGCCUCCUCUGCGUGACCUUGACCUGAGGGACAACAGCCUGAGGUAUCUGCCCACCACCACCCUGGCAGAGUUAAGCUUAAAGCCUGGUCUCCGCAUCCAGCUGGCUGGGAACCCCUGGCGCUGCGACUGCUUCAUCGAGGACAUGCUGUUGUGGCUGAAAAACUCCUCUCAGGUCUCUGACAGGCGGAACCUCACCUGUGCCGACCCCAAGGGCCUGAGACGCCAGCCGCUCCUGCAGGUGGAGCAGUCGCAGCUUAAGUGUUCGGGCGACAUGGAGGGCGUGCUGGAGACUUCUUAUGUUUUCCUGGGGCUGGUGCUGGCUCUGAUUGGCGUCAUAUUCCUGCUGGUGCUCUACCUGAACAGAAAAGGCAUCAAGCGGUGGAUUUACAACAUCCGGGAUGCAUGUAGGGACCACAUGGAAGGGUACCAUUACAGGUAUGAGAUAAACUCUGACCCACGCUUGGCCAACCUGAGCAUCAAUUCGGAUGUGUGAGAGAGGAUGGGACACUGUCUGGGACCCUGCAGUGAGAUAUUAAGUGACAUAUAACUGUUAAGAUUUGCAUGAAAGUCUUCCUCCCCUUCCCCACUUUCUCCUCAUGAUGCAAUUCAGAUUUGACACAUGUCAUGGCUCCUGAUUAACCCGUCUCACGACCACCAUUCAACCAUUGCUGCAUGUCCUAUAAAAGCACCUGGCAGCUGUGAUGUCAACUGUAUUUCUUCCGUGUAACAUUGCAUGGACAAUGAAUUAUGGUAAAGUUUGUUUUUUUUUUUUGUGUUUUGUUUUUGGAGAGCUGCAAAGAGUGAUAUGUUCUAUUUUUACGUUCCCUAAAGGAUAAUACGAAUGGAGUACAUUGACUUUAAAGUGAAAGAAUACCUGGCAAAACACAUAAGCUGCUGGUCAUUGCAUCCUCAUUAUGCCUCUGCAGAGAAAUGCUAUACUGCUUGAGUUUGUUUUUUUUAAUAUGUGAAGUUGUGAUAUACAGUAUGCCUUUUUUGAAUGAUUAUGGUGCACAUUGCAUAGUUUUCGGAUUUAGUAGGUGGAUGUAAUUGCUCCUUUUUUCUGUGAAGAUAAUCAGCUAAAUAAAAUGCCUCUGGAUUGCUGGCAUCUGUCUCGACUAAGGACCUAUUUAAUCUUCAGACUGAAGAAUGUGAUCACACAGGGGAGACGCUCCUUCCUGAGGCGGUGCCCCAGCGAGCGCUUGACAAACCCUAAAACCUUAUUCCAGUUGUCAGCGAGUUCAACAAUGUGUGAAACGUCGGCACUUUCGUCAUUUACAUCUCUACUGCAACAGUUCAGGCGCUAUUUUCUGUUAACAAGUGAGUUGCUGCGGUGGGAAAUGAAGUCAAAUUUAGAAGUAGAUUAGCAGGCGUGCUGACUGAAUAUAAAUGAUGUGUCGGGCUGUAGAUGAUGAUAGUAGUCAACUUGUAUGUCCAAUUUGCUUCCUGCUGUGAAUCUGAUUAAGAUCCGUGGCUCCUCAGCAAAUUCCCCAAAAAUAAAGUCUGUGAGCUGCAGCCAGUGGGCAGGUUUCACAUCCAACAGCCCCUACCAGUAGAGUGAAACACUGAAAGCCUUUCAAUAUACUCCAGCUCCAAAAACUGUUGGGGGGGGGGGUGGUAUAUUCUCUUUCGUGGGACAUGCUAAUCAAAAUGCAAACUGAACCUGUGAUUCUCAUGGGGCACACAGAGGUAUUAUGCAAAUGAGCUCAAGCGGCUUUACUUUUCAUGUAAGCCUGUGUUAGGGGAACUAGCAUCCUUGGAAAAAGUGUUUUCAAUUAGUGUUUCUACCUGUCAGUUGAUGUUUUUCAUGCCAUCCAGUAUAGUAGUGAUCAAUAAUGAAUGCGUGGGAGAGUAUACCAUGCAUGUUGC